UAAUUUAAUAAAUCAUAUAAAUAGUUUUUUUUCCUGAAAUGUAUGUAUAAUGCAAACACGGCCAGGUUUAUUAAUCAGGGCAAAUUACAUUUUAAAAAAGUGUUGAGGGAUAAAAUGCAAUUUACUUACUAAUGAUGCGCAAAUUCGUGAUACAUUUUAUUUCUGUAUUGAAAAACACAAUAACCAAAAGCAGCACAGAUGGCUUUCAAAGUUGAGAAUGCGGGCACAUCUUUGUUGCUUGAAGUCUGACAGACCUAAUAUGUGUGUAGUUUUCAUGCCCUAAGCAAAUGUGGAAGAGUAGACCAAGGAGAGGUUAGAGAAGGGUCCAUAAAUUUUUGGACAGUGACACAUACUUUGUAGUCUUUCCCUAAGGACAGUGCAACAGUUUCUUUUUUUUAUGGAUUUACUGGAUAGGUAAAGUGAAGACUGACAGGAGAGCGGAGGGCCACGUUUCAGACUUGAACCCAGGCCGUCGGCUCUCAGCUGUACAGCAUAUGCUCGCCUGCUAAACGAAUAUUCUGUAAAAUGUUUGGCUAGCAAUUGUAGUCUAGUAGAACAGUGAUGUGCUGCGGUUCUGAAAAAAAUACAAAAUUUUAGGAUUUCAUUUAAGAUUUGAUUAAAGAUUUUUUUUGGUGCAAGUGAUGCUUAUGUGAAAAAACAAGUUUAUAAAGCCACGCUUGGCUUCAUGAAGUCAGACUCCUUCUAGUUUAGCUGGAUGUUUCAGGAGCUCGAGUUUCCUUUCAAAUAAAACCAGUUUUUCCUCACAUGCCAAAUAAAUUAACACAAGUUGAGAAAAUUGUCUCACUUCUGCUAUGUGCGCUUGUGCAGUAUUUCCCUAAAAACAACUAUUGUUGCCAUGUGAGGUUAAAAUGGGCCGAAACCAUAAACUGUGGGUGGACCCAGUAAUCAUUACAUAACCCACUGUGUUAGCCAAAUGUCCAGCUGUGAUGCCUCUGUCUUCAUACUGGACUCGAGUUCUGGGUCCGACUGAGAAACCGAGGGACACUGUGUGCCCAUACCCUGCUCUCUCGUCUUUCUUGACUCUAAUGGGGACAAAGUGAACAUUAUGUUGGACUGAGUAAGACUAAACUAGUAAUUAAAUCUAUUAGCUCAUUAAGAAAGUGUUUGCAGAAGUCACAGGGAGCUGAAGGGUCAUUUUCCCUUAGAUGUCUCUAUAACUAGAUUUCUCUUCAUGACUGGAGGAGUCGCCUCCUGCUGAUCUUUAGAAGGAAUGCAGGUUUAAGGCACCUUUGCUUCUUUAAUAUGCACCUUAGUGAAUCAUGCUGCAUGACUGAUUUAAAUGCUGAAGGGAUCAAUAAGGAGAAAAACUGUGUAAAUGUAGUUGUAUCACUAGCUUCUUUACCUGUAGUAAACUUAUUUUUUUUCACCAAAUCAAGGCUUGCACCCAAAAUCAUAAAUUUGGUGUGUUUUGGGGGAGAAUAACAGAAUUUCCUGUUGAUUUGUCAGUGUAAAGGUGUACUGAUUCAGUGCUGAAACAAGGAAAUCACAGUCAUAAAACACACCUGCUCGAACUAUCCACUGUGUUUGUGCUUGUGUUUGAAUGUGAGACCCAGAACAACAAUGUUUGUGUCUUUUGUUUGUGCAGACAUGCAUGUUCUUGUUUGGUGGACUUAUUUUUAUGUGCUGACUGCCUAACAAUGUGGCAGUUUUGCAUGUAGCCAUGUUUCAAGAACGUCUCACCUUCAUCUUUCACUUGAUUUCUUUGUUUUUUUUUCCCUCAAAUUACUUCCUCCUUCCCUUCUCUCCCUUAUGUCUCUGUAUGCCUGACUUUCUGCCUCUGUUUGGGACGGAUGGACCAUUCUUCCCAUUAUCUUCCACCCAGGAUUCUCUGAAGGGUCGCCACAUCCACCUCUCUCCACAGAUAGGCAAGGCAAGGCGAGUAACCAUGACUGCAACUGGUCUCGUAAAAAACCAGCUGAUCCUCAAAGAGGAAUACGAUGAGAAUUAUAUACCCUCUGAACAAGAGAUCCAAGAGUAUGCAAGAGAGAUUGGCAUUGACCCCGACAAUGAGCCUGAGCUGCUGUGGCUGGCAAGGGAGGGCAUCGUCGCCCCUUUGCCUCCUGAGUGGAAGACUUGCCAGGAUGUGACAGGGGACAUCUGCUACGUCAACCUCUCCACGGGUCAGUCCACCUGGGAUCACCCCUGUGACAAGCUCUACCGACGCCUGGUGGCCCAGGAGCGUGAGCGAGCUCAGCUCACAGCCACAGCUGGGGGCGCAGGAGCCAAGAAAGACAAGAAAGAGAAGAAAGAGAAGAAGAAGAAGGAACCACUCAAAACUCCUGGGGAUUCUCUGAAGGGUCGCCACAUCCACCUCUCUCCACAGAUAGGCAAGGCAAGGCGAGUAACCAUGACUGCAACUGCUCUCGUAAAAAACCAGCUGAUCCUCAAAGAGGAAUACGAUGAGAAUUAUAUACCCUCUGAACAAGAGAUCCAAGAGUAUGCAAGAGAGAUUGGCAUUGACCCCGACAAUGAGCCUGAGCUGCUGUGGCUGGCAAGGGAGGGCAUCGUCGCCCCUUUGCCUCCUGAGUGGAAGCCUUGCCAGGAUGUGACAGCGGGCGUCUACUACUUCAACUUCUCCACGGGUCAGUCCACCUGGGAUCACCCCUGUGAUGAGCACUACAGACGCCUGGUGGCCCAGGAGCGUGAGCGAGCUCAGCUCACAGCCACAGCUGGGGGCGCAGGAGCCAAGAAAGACAAGAAAGAGAAGAAAGAAAAGAAGGAGAAGAAAGAAAAGAAAGAGAAGAAAUAAAAGAAAGAGAAGAAGAAGCAGGGACGACUCAGAACUCCUUGGGUUCUCCAUUUUAUUCCACGAUGAUGAUGGAUGCCUGCACAGUGUGAAUAUAACAUUAUUAUCCUGUGCGGUCAGUUGCUGCUGAUGACUCUCAGGCCUUCCACCU